AUGAAAAUCAGUUAUUCUUUAUUUUUAUUCUUAAAUGCAUUACCGGCAUUGAGUUCUCCUGGUUAUUCAGGCGGCGGUAGCGGCGGCGGUGGUGGCGGCGGCGGCAGUAAUAAUAAUGGUAAUGGUGGAGGUAAUAAUGGUGGUGGCAGCGGAAGUAACAAUUGCGUUCAACCCCCAUCUCACAGCGACUGUAAAUCUAGUUGUAGCAGACUAAAUUCACUAGCAAGUCAGUUAAAAAACAGCAGAUCGUCAGACUGCUCAUCUCUCAGCAGCUACUCAAGUGAUUACAAUAACUGCUAUCAAGGUAAAUCAUACUACAAAGAAACCACUUUCGACAUUAGUAACGACAAUUUUAACAGUUGCAAAUCCAAAUGGGAUGAAUGCCAAAAUUCCACACCAUCAACAAACUUUUGUUCUGAAUCCAGUUCUGAAUCGGAAUCCAGUUCAACUAUAUUUUAUACGUCCUCAUCUGCGCAAUCAUCUUCUGAGGAAGGUUCUUCAUCCACCCUAUCUUCGUCACUUGAAUCAUCAACUGAAUCUUCAACCGAGCCUUCGUCCACUGAAUCUUCCACUGAGUCUUCAACCGAGUCUUCAACCGAGUCUUCAACCGAGUCUUCAACCGAGUCUUCAACCGAGUCUUCAACCGAGCCUUCGUCCACUGAAUCUUCCACUGAGUCUUCAACCGAGUCUUCAACCGAGUCUUCAACCGAGUCUUCAACCGAGUCUUCAACUGAGCCUUCAUCUUCAGAGUCGUCUUUAUCUGAAUUAUCAUCUGAGUCUUCAACUACUGAAUCAUCUUCUGAAGUGGAAUCUACAUCUACUGAGUCAUCUACAGUUGAGCCGUCUUCGUCCGCCAGCAGUACGUGCGUCAAAGCCCCUAGCCAUAGUGACUGCUCCUCAAGUUGCAAGGGUUUAACUCAGUUUGUUGGCUUAUGCAAAUCUAAGGACUUUAAAUGUUCUCAAUUUAACGAUGGUUAUCAAAAUGAUUUUAACACAUGUUAUCAGGGUCAAAGCCAUUAUGGUCACCAGUUUGGUAUUGGAAGCUCUGACUUUAAUGUCAUCAAGAGCAAAUAUAAGGACUGUGGUCAUUCAACAACCUCUACUAAUUACUGUUCUGAUUCAACUUCUGAAUAUGAAGAAAGCACUACUAAAUAUGAAUCAUCAUCUGAGACUUAUACUGUUGAGUCUUCUUCAGCUAGUGAUGAGUGUGUUGAAAUUCCAAGUGAAAAUGAUUGCCAUUCCAGUUGCAACAAGCUAUCAGGUAUUGUUGGAAAUCUCAGAAAUGGUAAAUAUAAGUGUUCCGAUCUCAGUAACAACUACAAGAAGUACUAUAACAAGUGUUACAUUGGAAAGAACCACUACGGCAACAACUUUGGAUUAGGUGAUAAUGACUUCAGUGUUGUUAAAUCGAAGAUGGGUGGAUGUCAAAUCCCAACACCAGAUGUUAACUACUGUUCAUCAACUUCAUCUGUUGAAUCAUCUACAGUUGAAUCUACUACAGUUGAAUCAUCAUCUGCUGAAUCAUCAUCUGCUGAGUCUUCAUCUAUUGAGUCUUCAUCUGCUGAAUCAUCAUCCGCUGAAUCAUCAUCUGUGGAAUCUACUACAGUUGAAUCAACUACAGUUGAAUCUACUACAGUUGAAUCUACUACAGUUGAAUCUACUACAGUUGAAUCAUCGUCUAUUGAAUCAUCAUCUGCUAGUAGUACUUGUGUCAAGCCUCCAAGCCAUAGUGACUGCUCCUCAAGUUGCAAGGGUUUGACUCAGUUUGUUGGCUUAUGCAAAUCUAAGGACUUUAAAUGUUCUCAAUUUAACGAUGGUUAUCAAAAUGAUUUUAACACAUGUUAUCAGGGUCAAAGCCAUUAUGGUCACCAGUUUGGUAUUGGAAGUUCUGACUUUAAUGUCAUCAAGAGCAAAUAUAAGGACUGUGGUCAUUCAACAACCUCUACUAAUUACUGUUCUGAUUCAACUUCUGAAUAUGAAGAAAGCACUACUAAAUAUGAAUCAUCAUCUGAGACUUAUACUGUUGAGUCUUCUUCAGCUAGUGAUGAGUGUGUUGAAAUUCCAAGUGAAAAUGAUUGCCAUUCCAGUUGCAACAAGCUAUCAGGUAUUGUUGGAAAUCUCAGAAAUGGUAAAUAUAAGUGUUCAGAUCUCAGUAACAACUACAAGAAGUACUAUAACAAGUGUUACAUUGGAAAGAACCACUACGGCAACAACUUUGGAUUAGGUGAUAAUGACUUCAGUGUUGUUAAAUCGAAGAUGGGUGGAUGUCAAAUCCCAACACCAGAUGUUAAUUACUGUUCAUCAACUUCAUCUGUUGAAUCAUCUACAGUUGAAUCUACUACAGUUGAAUCAUCAUCUACUGAAUCAUCAUCCGCUGAGUCUUCAUCUAUUGAGUCUUCAUCUGCUGAAUCAUCAUCUGCUGAAUCAUCAUCUGCUGAAUCAUCAUCCGCUGAAUCAUCAUCUGUGGAAUCUACUACAGUUGAAUCAACUACAGUUGAAUCUACUACAGUUGAAUCUACUACAGUUGAAUCUACUACAGUUGAAUCAUCGUCUAUUGAAUCAUCAUCUGCUAGUAGUACUUGUGUCAAGCCUCCAAGCCAUAGUGACUGCUCCUCAAGUUGCAAGGGUUUGACUCAGUUUGUUGGCUUAUGCAAAUCUAAGGACUUUAAAUGUUCUCAAUUUAACGAUGGUUAUCAAAAUGAUUUUAACACAUGUUAUCAGGGUCAAAGCCAUUAUGGUCACCAGUUUGGUAUUGGAAGUUCUGACUUUAAUGUCAUCAAGAGCAAAUAUAAGGACUGUGGUCAUUCAACAACCUCUACUAAUUACUGUUCUGAUUCAACUUCUGAAUAUGAAGAAAGCACUACUAAAUAUGAAUCAUCAUCUGAGACUUAUACUGUUGAGUCUUCUUCAGCUAGUGAUGAGUGUGUUGAAAUUCCAAGUGAAAAUGAUUGCCAUUCCAGUUGCAACAAGCUAUCAGGUAUUGUUGGAAAUCUCAGAAAUGGUAAAUAUAAGUGUUCCGAUCUCAGUAACAACUACAAGAAGUACUAUAACAAGUGUUACAUUGGAAAGAACCACUACGGCAACAACUUUGGAUUAGGUGAUAAUGACUUCAGUGUUGUUAAAUCGAAGAUGGGUGGAUGUCAAAUCCCAACACCAGAUGUUAACUACUGUUCAUCAACUUCAUCUGUUGAAUCAUCUACAGUUGAAUCUACUACAGUUGAAUCAUCAUCUGCUGAAUCAUCAUCUGCUGAGUCUUCAUCUAUUGAGUCUUCAUCUGCUGAAUCAUCAUCCGCUGAAUCAUCAUCUGUGGAAUCUACUACAGUUGAAUCAACUACAGUUGAAUCUACUACAGUUGAAUCUACUACAGUUGAAUCUACUACAGUUGAAUCAUCGUCUAUUGAAUCAUCAUCUGCUAGUAGUACUUGUGUCAAGCCUCCAAGCCAUAGUGACUGCUCCUCAAGUUGCAAGGGUUUGACUCAGUUUGUUGGCUUAUGCAAAUCUAAGGACUUUAAAUGUUCUCAAUUUAACGAUGGUUAUCAAAAUGAUUUUAACACAUGUUAUCAGGGUCAAAGCCAUUAUGGUCACCAGUUUGGUAUUGGAAGUUCUGACUUUAAUGUCAUCAAGAGCAAAUAUAAGGACUGUGGUCAUUCAACAACCUCUACUAAUUACUGUUCUGAUUCAACUUCUGAAUAUGAAGAAAGCACUACUAAAUAUGAAUCAUCAUCUGAGACUUAUACUGUUGAGUCUUCUUCAGCUAGUGAUGAGUGUGUUGAAAUUCCAAGUGAAAAUGAUUGCCAUUCCAGUUGCAACAAGCUAUCAGGUAUUGUUGGAAAUCUCAGAAAUGGUAAAUAUAAGUGUUCCGAUCUCAGUAACAACUACAAGAAGUACUAUAACAAGUGUUACAUUGGAAAGAACCACUACGGCAACAACUUUGGAUUAGGUGAUAAUGACUUCAGUGUUGUUAAAUCGAAGAUGGGUGGAUGUCAAAUCCCAACACCAGAUGUUAAUUACUGUUCAUCAACUUCAUCUGUUGAAUCAUCUACAGUUGAAUCUACUACAGUUGAAUCAUCAUCUACUGAAUCAUCAUCCGCUGAGUCUUCAUCUAUUGAGUCUUCAUCUGCUGAAUCAUCAUCUGCUGAAUCAUCAUCUGCUGAAUCAUCAUCCGCUGAAUCAUCAUCUGUGGAAUCUACUACAGUUGAAUCAACUACAGUUGAAUCUACUACAGUUGAAUCUACUACAGUUGAAUCUACUACAGUUGAAUCAUCGUCUAUUGAAUCAUCAUCUGCUAGUAGUACUUGUGUCAAGCCUCCAAGCCAUAGUGACUGCUCCUCAAGUUGCAAGGGUUUGACUCAGUUUGUUGGCUUAUGCAAAUCUAAGGACUUUAAAUGUUCUCAAUUUAACGAUGGUUAUCAAAAUGAUUUUAACACAUGUUAUCAGGGUCAAAGCCAUUAUGGUCACCAGUUUGGUAUUGGAAGUUCUGACUUUAAUGUCAUCAAGAGCAAAUAUAAGGACUGUGGUCAUUCAACAACCUCUACUAAUUACUGUUCUGAUUCAACUUCUGAAUAUGAAGAAAGCACUACUAAAUAUGAAUCAUCAUCUGAGACUUAUACUGUUGAGUCUUCUUCAGCUAGUGAUGAGUGUGUUGAAAUUCCAAGUGAAAAUGAUUGCCAUUCCAGUUGCAACAAGCUAUCAGGUAUUGUUGGAAAUCUCAGAAAUGGUAAAUAUAAGUGUUCCGAUCUCAGUAACAACUACAAGAAGUACUAUAACAAGUGUUACAUUGGAAAGAACCACUACGGCAACAACUUUGGAUUAGGUGAUAAUGACUUCAGUGUUGUUAAAUCGAAGAUGGGUGGUUGUCAAAUCCCAACACCAGAUGUUAACUACUGUUCAUCAACUUCAUCUGUUGAAUCAUCUACAGUUGAAUCUACUACAGUUGAAUCAUCAUCUGCUGAAUCAUCAUCUGCUGAGUCUUCAUCUAUUGAGUCUUCAUCUGCUGAAUCAUCAUCCGCUGAAUCAUCAUCUGUGGAAUCUACUACAGUUGAAUCAACUACAGUUGAAUCUACUACAGUUGAAUCUACUACAGUUGAAUCAUCAUCUGCUGAAUCAUCAUCCGCUGAAUCUUCAUCUGUGGAAUCUUCAUCUGCUGAAUCUUCAUCUGUUGAGUCUUCAUCCGCAGAAUCAUCAUCUGCUGAAUCUUCAUCUGCUGAGUCUUCAUCCGUGGAGUCUUCAUCUAUUGAGUCUUCCUCUGCUGAAUCUUCCUCUGCUGAAUCAUCAUCUGCUGAGUCUUCAUCCGUGGAGUCUUCAUCUGUUGAAUCUUCAUCAGCUGAAUCUUCAUCUGCUGAAUCAUCAUCUGCUGAAUCAUCAUCUGCUGAAUCAUCAUCUGCUGAAUCUUCCUCUGCUGAAUCUUCAUCUGCUGAAUCAUCAUCUGCUGAAUCAUCAUCUGCUGAAUCAUCAUCUGCUGAAUCUUCAUCUGUUGAGUCUUCCUCUGCUGAAUCAUCAUCUGCUGAAUCAUCAUCUGCUGAAUCAUCAUCUGCUGAAUCUUCAUCUGCUGAGUCUUCAUCUGCUGAAUCAUCAUCUGCUGAGUCUUCAUCCGUGGAGUCUUCAUCUAUUGAAUCAUCAUCUGCUGAAUCAUCAUCUGCUGAGUCUUCAUCUGUUGAAUCAUCAUCUGCUGAAUCAACAUCUGCUGAAUCAUCAUCUGCUGAAUCUUCAUCUGUUGAAUCAUCAUCCGUGGAGUCUUCAUCUAUUGAAUCAUCAUCUGCUGAAUCAUCAUCUGCUGAGCCUUCAUCCUCUGCUAGUAGUGAAUGUGUUGAACCUCCAAGCUCUCAUGAUUGUUCAUCCAGUUGCAAGGGUUUGAAUAAAUUUGUUGGUCUAUGCAAAUCUUCUAAUUUCCAAUGUUCUCAGUUUAAUGAUGGUUAUCAAAAUGAUUUCAAUACUUGUUAUCAGGGUCAACACCAUUACGGACACAAAUUUGGUAUUGAUGAUUCCGACUUUAAUGUCAUUAAGGGCAAAUACAAGGAUUGUGGUCACACAACAACUACUAUCGAAUACUGCUCUUAUUCAACUUCUGAAUAUGAAGAAAGCACUACUGAAUAUGAAUCAUCAUCUGAGACUUAUACUGUUGAGUCUUCUUCAGCUAGUGAUGAGUGUGUUGAAAUUCCAAGUGAAAAUGAUUGCCAUUCCAGUUGCAACAAGCUAUCAGGUAUUGUUGGAAAUCUCAGAAAUGGUAAAUAUAAGUGUUCCGAUCUUGAUGACAAUUACAAGAAGUACUAUAACAAGUGUUACAUUGGAAAGAAUCACUACGGCAACAACUUUGGAUUAGGUGAUAAUGACUUCAGGGUUGUUAAAUCAAAGAUGGGUGGAUGUCAAAUCCCAACACCAGAUGUUAAUUAUUGUUCAUCAACUUCAUCUGUUGAAUCAUCUACAGUUGAAUCAUCAUCUGCUGAAUCUUCAUCUGCUGAAUCUUCAUCUGCUGAAUCAUCAUCUGCUGAAUCUUCAUCUGCUGAAUCAUCAUCUGCUGAAUCAUCAUCAUCUGUGGAGUCUUCAUCUGCUGAAUCUUCAUCUGCUGAAUCUUCAUUCGUUGAAUCUUCAUCUGCUGAAUCUUCAUCUGCUGAAUCAUCAUCUGCUGAAUCAUCAUCUGCUGAGUCUUCAUCUGCUGAAUCAUCAUCCGCUGAAUCUUCAUCUGCUGAAUCAUCAUCCGCUGAAUCAUCAUCUGCUGAAUCUUCAUCUGCUGAAUCAUCAUCUGCUGAAUCUUCAUCUGUUGAGUCUUCCUCUGCUGAAUCUUCAUCUUCUGAAUCAUCAUCUGUUGAAUCAUCAUCUGCUGAAUCUUCAUCUGUGGAAUCUUCAUCUGCUGAAUCAUCAUCUGCUGAAUCAUCAUCUGCUGAAUCUUCAUCUGUUGAAUCAUCAUCCGUGGAGUCUUCAUCUAUUGAAUCAUCAUCUGCUGAGUCUUCAUCCGUAGAGUCUUCAUCUAUUGAAUCAUCCUCUGCUGAAUCUUCAUCUGCUGAAUCUUCAUCUGUUGAAUCAUCAUCUGUUGAAUCAUCAUCCGUGGAGUCUUCAUCUAUUGAAUCAUCAUCUGCUGAAUCAUCAUCUGCUGAGCCUUCAUCCUCUGCUAGUAGUGAAUGUGUUGAACCUCCAAGCUCUCAUGAUUGUUCAUCCAGUUGCAAGGGUUUGAAUAAAUUUGUUGGUCUAUGCAAAUCUUCUAAUUUCCAAUGUUCUCAGUUUAAUGAUGGUUAUCAAAAUGAUUUCAAUACUUGUUAUCAGGGUCAACACCAUUACGGACACAAAUUUGGUAUUGAUGAUUCCGACUUUAAUGUCAUUAAGAGCAAAUACAAGGAUUGUGGUCACACAACAACUACUAUCGAAUACUGCUCUUAUUCAACUUCUGAAUAUGAAGAAAGCACUACUAAAUAUGAAUCAUCAUCUGAGACUUAUACUGUUGAGUCUUCUUCAGCUAGUGAUGAGUGUGUUGAAAUUCCAAGUGAAAAUGAUUGCCAUUCCAGUUGCAACAAGCUAUCAGGUAUUGUUGGAAAUCUCAGAAAUGGUAAAUAUAAGUGUUCCGAUCUUGAUGACAAUUACAAGAAGUACUAUAACAAGUGUUACAUUGGAAAGAAUCACUACGGCAACAACUUUGGAUUAGGUGAUAAUGACUUCAGUGUUGUUAAAUCAAAGAUGGGUGGAUGUCAAAUCCCAACACCAGAUGUUAAUUACUGUUCAUCAACUUCAUCUGUUGAAUCAUCUACAGUUGAAUCUACUACCGUUGAAUCAUCAUCUACUGAAUCUUCAUCUGCUGAGUCUUCAUCUGUUGAGUCUUCAUCUGCUGAAUCAUCAUCCGCUGAAUCAUCAUCCGCUGAAUCAUCAUCAUCUGUGGAGUCUUCAUCUGCUGAAUCUUCAUCUGCUGAAUCAUCAUCUGCUGAAUUAUCAUCUGCUGAAUCAUCAUCUGCUGAAUCAUCAUCUGCUGAAUCUUCAUCUGUAGAAUCAUCAUCUGCUGAGUCUUCAUCUGUAGAAUCAUCAUCUGCUGAGUCUUCAUCCGUGGAGUCUUCAUCUAUUGAAUCAUCCUCUGCUGAAUCUUCAUCCGUUGAAUCUUCAUCUGUUGAAUCUUCAUCUGCUGAAUCUUCAUCUGCUGAAUCUUCAUCUGCUGAAUCUUCAUCUGUUGAAUCAUCAUCCGUGGAGUCUUCAUCUAUUGAAUCAUCAUCUGCUGAAUCAUCAUCUGCUGAGCCUUCAUCUUCUGCUAGUAGUGAAUGUGUUGAACCUCCAAGCUCUCAUGAUUGUUCAUCUAGUUGCAAGGGUUUGAAUAAAUUUGUUGGUCUAUGCAAAUCUUCUAAUUUCCAAUGUUCUCAGUUUAAUGAUGGUUAUCAAAAUGAUUUCAAUACUUGUUAUCAGGGUCAACACCAUUACGGACACAAAUUUGGUAUUGAUGAUUCCGACUUUAAUGUCAUUAAGAGCAAAUACAAGGAUUGUGGUCACACAACAACUACUAUCGAAUACUGCUCUUAUUCAACUUCUGAAUAUGAAGAAAGCACUACUGAAUAUGAAUCAUCAUCUGAGACUUAUACUGUUGAGUCUUCUUCAGCUAGUGAUGAGUGUGUUGAAAUUCCAAGUGAAAAUGAUUGCCAUUCCAGUUGCAACAAGCUAUCAGGUAUUGUUGGAAAUCUCAGAAAUGGUAAAUAUAAGUGUUCCGAUCUUGAUGACAAUUACAAGAAGUACUAUAACAAGUGUUACAUUGGAAAGAAUCACUAUGGCAACAACUUUGGAUUUAAUGAUAAUGACUUCGGUGUUGUUGAGUCGAAGAUGGGUGGUUGCCAGAUCCCACCACCAGAUGUUAAUUAUUGUUCAUCAACGUCAUCAGCUGAAUCAUCAUCUGUAGAGUCGUCCUCUGCUGAAUCAUCAUCUGCUGAAUCAUCAUCUGCUGAGUCUUCAUCGGUGGAGUCUUCAUCUAUUGAAUCAUCCUCUGCUGAAUCUUCAUCUGCUGAAUCAUCAUCUGUUGAAUCAUCAUCUGCUGAAUCAUCAUCUGCUGAGUCAUCAUCUGUUGAAUCAUCAACUGCUGAAUCAUCAUCUGCUGAAUCAUCAUAUGUUGAGUCUUCAUCGGUGGAGUCUUCAUCUAUUGAAUCAUCAUCUGCUGAAUCAUCAUCUGCUGAAUCUUCAUCUGCUGAAUCUUCAUCUGCUGAAUCUUCAUCUGUUGAAUCUUCAUCUGCUGAAUCAUCAUCUGCUGAAUCAUCAUCCGCUGAAUCUUCAUCUGCUGAAUCUUCAUCUGCUGAAUCAUCAUCUGCUGAAUCUUCAUCUGUUGAGUCUUCCUCUGCUGAAUCUUCAUCUGCUGAAUCAUCAUCUGCUGAAUCAUCAUCUGCUGAAUCAUCAUCUGCUGAAUCUUCAUCUGCUGAAUCAUCAUCUGCUGAGUCUUCAUCCGUGGAGUCUUCAUCUAUUGAAUCAUCAUCUGCUGAAUCUUCAUCUGCUGAGUCUUCAUCUGUUGAAUCAUCAUCUGCUGAAUCAUCAUCUGCUGAAUCUUCAUCUGUUGAAUCAUCAUCCGUGGAGUCUUCAUCUAUUGAAUCAUCAUCUGCUGAAUCAUCAUCUGCUGAGCCUUCAUCCUCUGCUAGUAGUGAAUGUGUUGAACCUCCAAGCUCUCAUGAUUGUUCAUCCAGUUGCAAGGGUUUGAAUAAAUUUGUUGGUCUAUGCAAAUCUUCUAAUUUCCAAUGUUCUCAGGUCAACACCAUUACGGACCUAAAAUUUGGUAUUGAUGAUUCCGACUUUAAUGUCAUUAAGGGCAAAUACAAGGAUUGUGGUCACACAACAACUACUAUCGAAUACUGCUCUUAUUCAACUUCUGAAUAUGAAGAAAGCACUACUGAAUAUGAAUCAUCAUCUGAGACUUAUACUGUUGAGUCUUCUUCAGCUAGUGAUGAGUGUGUUGAAAUUCCAAGUGAAAAUGAUUGCCAUUCCAGUUGCAACAAGCUAUCAGGUAUUGUUGGAAAUCUCAGAAAUGGUAAAUAUAAGUGUUCCGAUCUUGAUGACAAUUACAAGAAGUACUAUAACAAGUGUUACAUUGGAAAGAAUCACUACGGCAACAACUUUGGAUUAGGUGAUAAUGACUUCAGUGUUGUUAAAUCAAAGAUGGGUGGAUGUCAAAUCCCAACACCAGAUGUUAAUUAUUGUUCAUCAACUUCAUCUGUUGAAUCAUCUACAGUUGAAUCAUCAUCUGCUGAAUCUUCAUCUGCUGAAUCUUCAUCUGUUGAAUCAUCAUCUGCUGAAUCAUCAUCUGCUGAAUCUUCAUCUGUUGAAUCUUCAUCUGCUGAAUCUUCAUCUGUUGAAUCUUCAUCCGUGGAGUCUUCAUCUAUUGAAUCAUCCUCUGCUGAAUCAUCAUCUGCUGAAUCUUCAUCUGCUGAAUCUUCAUCUGCUGAAUCAUCAUCUGCUGAGUCUUCAUCUGUGGAGUCUUCAUCUACUGAAUCUUCAUCUGCUGAAUCAUCAUCUGCUGAAUCUUCAUCUGUUGAGUCUUCCUCUGCUGAAUCUUCAUCUGCUGAAUCAUCAUCUGCUGAAUCAUCAUCUGCUGAAUCUUCAUCUGCUGAAUCUUCAUCUGCUGAAUCUUCAUCUGCUGAAUCAUCAUCUGCUGAGUCUUCAUCUGUUGAAUCAUCCUCUGCUGAAUCUUCAUUUGCUGAAUCAUCAUCUGUUGAAUCUUCAUCUGCUGAAUCAUCAUCUGCUGAAUCUUCAUCCGCUGAAUCAUCAUCUGCUGAAUCUUCAUCCGCUGAAUCAUCAUCUGCUGAAUCAUCAUCUGUUGAAUCAUCAUCUGCUGAAUCUUCAUCUGCUGAAUCAUCAUCUGCUGAAUCAUCAUCUGUUGAAUCAUCAUCUGCUGAAUCUUCAUCUGCUGAAUCUUCAUCUGUUGAAUCAUCAUCUGCUGAAUCAUCAUCUGUUGAAUCAUCAUCUGCUGAAUCAUCAUCUGUUGAAUCAUCAUCUGCUGAAUCUUCAUCUGCUGAAUCAUCAUCUGCUGAAUCAUCAUCUGCUGAGUCUUCAUCCGUCGAGUCUUCAUCUGUUGAAUCUUCAUCUGUUGAAUCUUCAUCUGCUGAGUCUUCAUCGGUGGAGUCUUCAUCUAUUGAAUCAUCCUCUGCUGAAUCAUCAUCUGUUGAAUCAUCAUCUGCUGAAUCAUCAUCUGUUGAAUCAUCAUCUGCUGAAUCUUCAUCUGCUGAAUCAUCAUCUGCUGAAUCAUCAUCUGCUGAAUCAUCAUCUGUUGAAUCAUCAUCUGCUGAAUCUUCAUCUUCUGAAUCAUCAUCUGUUGAAUCAUCAUCUGCUGAAUCUUCAUCUGUGGAAUCUUCAUCUGCUGAAUCUUCAUCUGCUGAAUCAUCAUCUGCUGAAUCAUCAUCUGCUGAGUCUUCAUCCGUCGAGUCUUCAUCUGUUGAAUCUUCAUCUGUUGAAUCUUCAUCUGCUGAGUCUUUAUCGGUGGAGUCUUCAUCUAUUGAAUCAUCCUCUGCUGAAUCAUCAUCUGCUGAAUCUUCAUCUGCUGAAUCAUCAUCUGCUGAAUCAUCAUCUGCUGAGUCUUCAUCGGUGGAGUCUUCAUCUAUUGAAUCAUCAUCUGCUGAAUCAUCAUCUGCUGAGCCUUCAUCCUCUGCUAGUAGUGAAUGUGUUGAACCUCCAAGCUCUCAUGAUUGUUCAUCCAGUUGCAAGGGUUUGAAUAAAUUUGUUGGUCUAUGCAAAUCUUCUAAUUUCCAAUGUUCUCAGUUUAAUGAUGGUUAUCAAAAUGAUUUCAAUACUUGUUAUCAGGGUCAACACCAUUACGGACACAAAUUUGGUAUUGAUGAUUCCGACUUUAAUGUCAUUAAGAGCAAAUACAAGGAUUGUGGUCACACAACAACUACUAUCGAAUACUGCUCUUAUUCAACUUCUGAAUAUGAAGAAAGCACUACUGAAUAUGAAUCAUCAUCUGAGACUUAUACUGUUGAGUCUUCUUCAGCUAGUGAUGAGUGUGUUGAAAUUCCAAGUGAAAAUGAUUGCCAUUCCAGUUGCAACAAGCUAUCAGGUAUUGUUGGAAAUCUCAGAAAUGGUAAAUAUAAGUGUUCCGAUCUUGAUGACAAUUACAAGAAGUACUAUAACAAGUGUUACAUUGGAAAGAAUCACUAUGGCAACAACUUUGGAUUUAAUGAUAAUGACUUCGGUGUUGUUGAGUCGAAGAUGGGUGGUUGCCAGAUCCCACCACCAGAUGUUAAUUAUUGUUCAUCAACGUCAUCAGCUGAAUCAUCAUAUGUAGAGUCGUCCUCUGCUGAAUCAUCAUCUGCUGAAUCAUCAUCUGCUGAAUCAUCAUCUGUUGAAUCAUCAUCUGCUGAAUCUUCAUCUUCUGAAUCAUCAUCUGUGGAAUCAUCAUCUGCUGAAUCAUCAUCUGCUGAAUCUUCAUCUGUUGAAUCUUCAUCUGUUGAAUCUUCAUCUGCUGAAUCUUCAUCUGCUGAAUCUUCAUCUGUUGAAUCUUCAUCUGCUGAAUCAUCAUCUGCUGAAUCAUCAUCUGCUGAAUCAUCAUCUGUUGAAUCAUCAUCUGCUGAAUCUUCAUCUGUUGAAUCAUCAUCUGCUGAAUCAUCAUCUGCUGAGUCUUCAUCCGUGGAGUCUUCAUCUAUUGAAUCAUCCUCUGCUGAAUCAUCAUCUGCUGAAUCAUCAUCUGCUGAAUCAUCAUCUGCUGAAUCAUCAUCUGCUGAAUCUUCAUCUGCUGAAUCUUCAUCUGUUGAAUCUUCAUCUGCUGAAUCAUCAUCUGCUGAAUCUUCAUCUGCUGAAUCUUCAUCUGCUGAAUCUUCAUCCGUGGAGUCUUCAUCUAUUGAGUCUUCCUCUGUUGAAUCAUCUACAGUUGAAUCUACUACAGUUGAAUCAUCAUCUGCUGAAUCUUCAUCUGCUGAAUCUUCAUCUGCUGAAUCUACUACAGUUGAAUCUACUACAGUUGAAUCAUCAUCUGCUGAAUCAUCAUCCGCUGAAUCAUCAUCUGUGGAAUCAUCAUCUGUUGAAUCUUCAUCUGCUGAAUCAUCAUCUGUUGAAUCUUCAUCUGCUGAAUCAUCAUCUGUUGAAUCUUCAUCUGCUGAAUCUUCAUCUGCUGAAUCUUCAUCUGUUGAAUCUUCAUCUGCUGAAUCAUCAUCUGCUGAAUCAUCAUCUGCUGAAUCAUCAUCUGCUGAAUCUUCAUCUGUUGAAUCAUCAUCUGCUGAAUCAUCACCUGCUGAGUCUUCAUCCGUGGAGUCUUCAUCUAUUGAGUCUUCAUCUGCUGAAUCUUCAUCUGUUGAGUCUUCAUCCGCAGAAUCAUCAUCUGCUGAAUCUUCAUCUGCUGAGUCUUCAUCCGUGGAGUCUUCAUCUAUUGAGUCUUCCUCUGCUGAAUCUUCUUCUGCUGAAUCAUCAUCUGCUGAGUCUUCAUCCGUGGAGUCUUCAUCUGUUGAAUCUUCAUCAGCUGAAUCUUCAUCUGCUGAAUCAUCAUCUGCUGAAUCAUCAUCUGCUGAAUCUUCCUCUGCUGAAUCUUCAUCUGCUGAAUCAUCAUCUGCUGAAUCAUCAUCUGCUGAAUCUUCAUCUGUUGAGUCUUCCUCUGCUGAAUCUUCAUCUGCUGAAUCAUCAUCUGCUGAAUCAUCAUCUCCUGAAUCUUCAUCUGCUGAAUCUUCAUCUGCUGAAUCAUCAUCUGCUGAGUCUUCAUCCGUGGAGUCUUCAUCUAUUGAAUCAUCAUCUGCUGAAUCAUCAUCUGCUGAGUCUUCAUCUGUUGAAUCAUCAUCUGCUGAAUCAUCAUCUGCUGAAUCUUCAUCUGUUGAAUCAUCAUCCGUGGAGUCUUCAUCUAUUGAAUCAUCAUCUGCUGAAUCAUCAUCUGCUGAGCCUUCAUCCUCUGCUAGUAGUGAAUGUGUCGAACCUCCAACCUCUCAUGAUUGUUCAUCCAGUUGCAAGGGUUUGAAUAAAUUUGUUGGUCUAUGCAAAUCUUCUAAUUUCCAAUGUUCUCAGUUUAAUGAUGGUUAUCAAAAUGAUUUCAAUACUUGUUAUCAGGGUCAACACCAUUACGGACACAAAUUUGGUAUUGAUGAUUCCGACUUUAAUGUCAUUAAGAGCAAAUACAAGGAUUGUGGUCACACAACAACUACUAUCGAAUACUGCUCUUAUUCAACUUCUGAAUAUGAAGAAAGCACUACUGAAUAUGAAUCAUCAUCUGAGACUUAUACUGUUGAGUCUUCUUCAGCUAGUGAUGAGUGUGUUGAAAUUCCAAGUGAAAAUGAUUGCCAUUCCAGUUGCAACAAGCUAUCAGGUAUUGUUGGAAAUCUCAGAAAUGGUAAAUAUAAGUGUUCCGAUCUUGAUGACAAUUACAAGAAGUACUAUAACAAGUGUUACAUUGGAAAGAAUCACUAUGGCAACAACUUUGGAUUUAAUGAUAAUGACUUCGGUGUUGUUGAGUCGAAGAUGGGUGGUUGCCAGAUCCCACCACCAGAUGUUAAUUAUUGUUCAUCAACGUCAUCAGCUGAAUCAUCAUCUGUAGAGUCGUCCUCUGCUGAAUCAUCAUCUGCUGAAUCAUCAUCUGUUGAAUCAUCAUCUGCUGAAUCUUCAUCUGUUGAAUCAUCAUCUGCUGAAUCAUCAUCUGCUGAGUCUUCAUCCGUGGAGUCUUCAUCUAUUGAAUCAUCCUCUGCUGAAUCAUCAUCUGCUGAAUCAUCAUCUGCUGAAUCAUCAUCUGCUGAAUCAUCAUCUGCUGAAUCUUCAUCUGCUGAAUCUUCAUCUGUUGAAUCUUCAUCUGCUGAAUCAUCAUCUGCUGAAUCUUCAUCUGCUGAAUCUUCAUCUGCUGAAUCUUCAUCCGUGGAGUCUUCAUCUAUUGAGUCUUCCUCUGUUGAAUCAUCUACAGUUGAAUCUACUACAGUUGAAUCAUCAUCUGCUGAAUCUUCAUCUGUUGAAUCUUCAUCUGCUGAAUCAUCAUCUGCUGAAUCAUCAUCUGCUGAAUCUUCAUCUGCUGAAUCUUCAUCUGCUGAAUCUUCAUCUGUUGAAUCAUCAUCUGCUGAAUCAUCAUCUGCUGAGUCUUCAUCCGUGGAGUCUUCAUCUAUUGAAUCAUCCUCUGCUGAAUCAUCAUCUGCUGAAUCAUCAUCUGCUGAAUCUUCAUCUGCUGAAUCAUCAUCUGCUGAGUCUUCAUCCGUGGAGUCUUCAUCUACUGAAUCUUCAUCUGCUGAGUCUUCAUCCGUGGAGUCUUCAUCUAUUGAGUCUUCCUCUGCUGAAUCUUCCUCUGCUGAAUCAUCAUCUGCUGAGUCUUCAUCCGUGGAGUCUUCAUCUGUUGAAUCUUCAUCAGCUGAAUCUUCAUCUGCUGAAUCAUCAUCUUCUGAAUCAUCAUCUGUUGAAUCAUCAUCUGCUGAAUCUUCAUCUGUUGAAUCUUCAUCUGCUGAAUCAUCAUCUGCUGAAUCAUCAUCUGCUGAAUCUUCAUCCGCUGAAUCAUCAUCUGUUGAAUCAUCAUCUGCUGAAUCAUCAUCUGUUGAAUCAUCAUCUGUUGAAUCUUCAUCUGUUGAAUCUUCAUCUGCUGAAUCAUCAUCUGUUGAAUCUUCAUCUGCUGAAUCUUCAUCUGCUGAAUCUUCAUCUGUUGAAUCUUCAUCUGCUGAAUCAUCAUCUGCUGAAUCAUCAUCUGCUGAAUCUUCAUCUGCUGAAUCUUCAUCUGCUGAAUCUUCAUCUGUUGAAUCAUCAUCUGCUGAAUCAUCAUCUGCUGAGUCUUCAUCCGUGGAGUCUUCAUCUGUUGAAUCUUCAUCUGCUGAAUCUUCAUCUGCUGAAUCUUCAUCUGCUGAAUCAUCAUCUGCUGAAUCAUCCUCUGCCGAAUCUUCAUCUGCUGAAUCAUCAUCUGUUGAAUCUUCAUCUGUUGAAUCUUCCUCUGCUGAAUCAUCAUCUGCUGAAUCAUCAUCUGCUGAGUCUUCAUCCGUGGAGUCUUCAUCUGUUGAAUCUUCAUCAGCUGAAUCUUCAUCUGCUGAAUCAUCAUCUUCUGAAUCAUCAUCUGUUGAAUCAUCAUCUGCUGAAUCUUCAUCUGCUGAAUCUUCAACUGUUGAGUCUUCCUCUGCUGAAUCUUCAACUGCUGAAUCUUCAUCCGCUGAAUCAUCAUCUGUUGAAUCAUCAUCUGCUGAAUCAUCAUCUGUUGAAUCAUCAUCUGUUGAAUCUUCAUCUGCUGAAUCAUCAUCUGCUGAAUCUUCAUCUGCUGAAUCUUCAUCUGUGGAAUCAUCAUCUGCUGAAUCAUCAUCUGCUGAAUCAUCAUCUGCUGAGUCUUCAUCCGUGGAGUCUUCAUCUGUUGAAUCUUCAUCUGCUGAAUCUUCAUCUGCUGAAUCUUCAUCUGCUGAAUCAUCAUCUGCUGAAUCAUCCUCUGCCGAAUCUUCAUCUGCUGAAUCUUCAUCUGCUGAAUCUUCAUCUACUGAAUCUUCAUCUGCUGAAUCAUCAUCUGUGGAAUCUUCAUCUGCUGAAUCAUCAUCUGCUGAAUCAUCAUCUGCUGAAUCAUCAUCUGUUGAGUCUUCAUCUGCUGAAUCAUCAUCUGCUGAAUCUUCCUCUGCUGAAUCAUCAUCUGCUGAGUCUUCAUCCGUGGAGUCUUCAUCUGUUGAAUCUUCAUCAGCUGAAUCUUCAUCUGCUGAAUCAUCAUCUUCUGAAUCAUCAUCUGUUGAAUCAUCAUCUGCUGAAUCUUCAUCUGCUGAAUCUUCAACUGUUGAGUCUUCCUCUGCUGAAUCUUCAACUGCUGAAUCUUCAUCCGCUGAAUCAUCAUCUGUUGAAUCAUCAUCUGCUGAAUCAUCAUCUGUUGAAUCAUCAUCUGUUGAAUCUUCAUCUGCUGAAUCAUCAUCUGUUGAAUCUUCAUCUGCUGAAUCUUCAUCUGCUGAAUCUUCAUCUGUUGAAUCUUCAUCUGCUGAAUCAUCAUCUGCUGAAUCAUCAUCUGUUGAAUCUUCAUCUGCUGAAUCUUCCUCUGCUGAAUCAUCAUCUGCUGAAUCAUCAUCUGCUGAAUCAUCAUCUGCUGAAUCAUCAUCUGUUGAAUCAUCAUCUGCUGAAUCUUCAUCUGCUGAAUCUUCAAUUGUUGAGUCUUCCUCUGCUGAAUCUUCAUCUGCUGAAUCUUCAUCCGCUGAAUCAUCAUCUGUGGAAUCAUCAUCUGCUGAAUCUUCAUCUGCUGAAUCAUCAUCUGUUGAAUCUUCAUCUGCUGAAUCAUCAUCUGCUGAGUCUUCAUCCGUAGGGUCUUCAUCUAUUGAGUCUUCCUCUGCUGAAUCUUCAUCUGUGGAAUCUUCAUCUGCUGAAUCUUCAUCUGCUGAAUCAUCAUCUGCUGAAUCAUCAUCUGCUGAGUCUUCAUCCGUGGAGUCUUCAUCCGUUGAAUCUUCAUCUGCUGAAUCUUCAUCUGCUGAAUCUUCAUCUGCUGAAUCUUCAUCUGCUGAAUCAUCAUCUGCUGAAUCAUCAUCUGCUGAGUCUUCAUCUGCUGAAUCAUCAUCCGCUGAAUCUUCAUCUGUUGAGUCUUCCUCUGCUGAAUCUUCAUCUGCUGAAUCAUUAUCUGUGGAAUCUUCAUCUGCUGAGUCAUCAUCUGCUGAAUCUUCAUCUGUUGAAUCAUCAUCUGCUGAAUCUUCAUCUGCUGAAUCUUCAUCCGUGGAGUCUUCAUCUGUUGAAUCUUCAUCUGCUGAAUCUUCAUCUGCUGAAUCUUCAUCUGCUGAGUCUUCAUCCGUGGAGUCUUCAUCUAUUGAGUCUUCCUCUGCUGAAUCUUCAUCUGCUGAAUCAUCAUCUGCUGAAUCUUCAUCUACUGAAUCUUCAUCUGCUGAAUCAUCAUCUGCUGAAUCUUCAUCUGUUGAGUCUUCCUCUGCUGAAUCUUCAUCUGCUGAAUCAUCAUCCGCUGAAUCAUCAUCUGCUGAAUCAUCAUCUGCUGAAUUAUCAUCUGUCGAAUCAUCAUCUGCUGAAUCUUCAUCUGUUGAGUCUUCCUCUGCUGAAUUAUCAUCUGCUGAAUCAUCAUCUGUAGAAUCAUCAUCUGCUGAGUCUUCAUCCGUGGAGUCUUCAUCUAUUGAAUCAUCCUCUGCUGAAUCUUCAUCUGUUGAAUCAUCCUCUGCUGAAUCAUCAUCUGCUGAAUCUUCAUCUGCUGAGUCUUCCUCUGCUGAAUCAUCAUCUGCUGAAUCAUCAUCUGCUGAGUCUUCAUCCGUGGAGUCUUCAUCUGUUGAAUCUUCAUCAGCUGAAUCAUCAUCUGCUGAAUCAUCAUCUGCUGAAUCAUCAUCUGUUGAGUCUUCAUCUGCUGAAUCAUCAUCUGCUGAAUCUUCAUCUGCUGAAUCAUCAUCUGCUGAAUCAUCAUCUGCUGAAUCAUCAUCUGUUGAAUCUUCAUCUGCUGAAUCAUCAUCUGCUGAAUCAUCAUCUGCUGAAUCAUCAUCUGCUGAAUCAUCAUCUUCUGAAUCAUCAUCUGUUGAAUCAUCAUCUGCUGAAUCAUCAUCUGCUGAAUCUUCAAUUGUUGAGUCUUCCUCUGCUGAAUCUUCAUCUGCUGAAUCUUCAUCCGCUGAAUCAUCAUCUGUGGAAUCAUCAUCUGUUGAAUCUUCAUCUGCUGAAUCAUCAUCUGUUGAAUCUUCAUCUGCUGAAUCAUCAUCUAUUGAAUCAUCCUCUGCUGAAUCUUCAUCUGUUGAAUCUUCAUCUGUUGAAUCAUCAUCUGCUGAGUCUUCAUCGGUGGAGUCUUCAUCUAUUGAAUCAUCCUCUGCUGAAUCUUCAUUUGCUGAAUCAUCAUCUGCUGAAUCAUCAUCUGCUGAAUCUUCAUCUGUUGAGUCUUCCUCUGCUGAAUCUUCAUCUGCUGAAUCAUCAUCUGUGGAAUCUUCAUCUGCUGAAUCAUCAUCUGCUGAGUCUUCAUCCGUAGGGUCUUCAUCUAUUGAGUCUUCCUCUGCUGAAUCUUCAUCUGUGGAAUCUUCAUCUGCUGAAUCUUCAUCUGUUGAAUCAUCAUCUGCUGAAUCUUCAUCUGUUGAAUCUUCAUCUGUUGAAUAUUCAUCUGCUGAAUCUUCAUCUGCUGAAUCAAUGUCCGUCGAGUCAUCUUCUGUUGAGUCUUUAUCGGUUGCAUCUACAUUUGCUGAAUCUUCAUUUUUCGAAUCUUCAUUAGCUGAAAUUUCGUCUUCUCAAUCUUUAUUUACUGAAAGUUCCCUUAUCUUUACUUCACCUAUAUCUUCCGAGUCAUAUUCCUCUACUCAGACUUCUGAGUUCUCCUCAUUGGAAUUCUCUUCUUUUGAGUCAUUAUCACAUGAGUCUUUGUUUUCUGAGUCAUCGUCGAGUGAAUCUUCGGUUGUGGAAUCGUCUGUUCCUAAGUCUUCUACUACAGAGUCUAUUCCAUAUGUCUCUUCCUCCGAACAGUUGUCACUUGAAUCUACUUCCAGUUUUGUUUCUUCAUUUGUCGAGUCUAUUGAAUCAUCUUCAGAGUUUGUUUCUCACUUUACCUCUGUUGUUAUUUCUGAAUCUCCCUCAGUUUCUAUCCCGGCAGUUAUUUCUUCAUCCGAAUAUAUUCAGUCAGAACUUAUUUCAUCAUCUUAUGAAUCGCUCGAAUCUACUUCAGCUGAAUCUGUUUCUGGAUCGACUUCCCAGUCUGCUUCCAUAUCUCUCUCUUUACCAGUUUCUCAAUCUCCCGGUGUAACCUUUACCUCGACUGAAGUUACCACUAUUUCUGGCACUCCUACUACUGUCACUGUUACUGAAACUUGCCAUGCUUGUCAUACGUACGUUACCACUGAGACUACAGUUACUACAACUGUUACAACAUCUGGUACUGUUAUUGUCACCGUUACUGAACCUUGUGAAACCACUGCAACUGUUGUUGAGUCUCCUGUUGUUUCCGGUUCCGUCACUCUUACUACCACCAUCACUUUGCAUCCAUCUUCUCCCACUGUUACUGUUACUGAAACUUGCACUUCCUGCAAGACAGUUACCACAACAAGUACUGGUCUUGUUACUUAUACCACGACAUCUGGUGGUUCUGUUGAGACUGUCACUGUUCCUACCACUAGCACCAUCACAAUUGUUGAAUCACCAGUUGUUACUGGAACUGUGACAAGCUAUGCUACUGCUUCUUACCCAGGCCAAUUUACUACAGUCACCAAGACUAGCAGUGGUUAUACUACAUAUAUUACCACUUCUGAAGGUAUUGUUGUUACAGUUACUUCACCUUGUGCUACUACCAUUACUGAGGUCCAUUCUCCUGUUAUAUCUGGUUCCAUUACUUCCUAUGUCAAUGUUCCUUCUACUCCUUCAGCUACAGUCUCAGAAAUUACUGUUGUCAAGACUAGUGGUGGUUAUUCCGCCUAUACCACGACUUCUGAAGGCGUUGUCAUAACUACAUCAGCACCUUAUGAAACUGUUAUUACAGAGGUUUACACUCCUUCCGUUAAGCCAAGCACCGGUUUUACCACUUACGUUACCACUUCCGAAGGAGUUGUUGUUACUGUCACUGUUCCUUGUUCCACAGCUAUAACUGAAAUCGAGUCUCCCGUUGUUUCUGGAUCCGUAACUAGCUAUGUUACAGUUCCUUACACUUCGCCUGCUACUGGUUCUGAAGUCACUGUUGUUAAGACUUCCAGUGGCUAUUCCGCUUACACCACUACUUCCGAAGGCGUUGUUAUCACUACUUCAGCUCCUUAUGAGACCGUUAUUACUGAAGUUUACUCUACUGUUGCUUCCGGAUCUGUGACUACAGUUGUUAAGACUAGCAGUGGUUUCACUACUUAUGCUACUACUACUACUGAAGGCGUGGUUGUUACUGUUACUGUGCCUUGCGCCACUACCAUCACAGAGAUUGAGUCUCCUGUUGUUUCUGGAACCGUCACCACCUAUAUCACAGUUCCUAGUACCACUCCUGCCCCUGCACCUAAAAUCAUUGUCAAGACUAGCACAGGCUUUUCUGCUUACACAUCUUCUUCUCCUGGGGUUGUUGUCACAAAAUCUGUUCCCUACGAGACUGUCAUUACUGAAGUUCAUUCUACCAUUGUUCUCGGUUCCCCAACCACUAUUAUCAAGACAAGCACGGGUUACUCUGCUUACACAACUACUUCUGAAGGUGUAGUUGUCACCACCUCUAAGCCUUUCGAAACCGUAAUUACUGAGGUUGAGUCAUCAGCAUCCGGUUUCGUAACCACCUAUGUCACUGUUCCUUCUACUGUUCUCGUUCCUGGUACAGAGGUUACAGUUGUUAAGACCAGCACUGGCUUCUCCACUUACACUACCACUUCUGAAGGCGCAGUCAUCACUAAGUCUUUACCUUAUGAGACCGUCAUUACUGAAGUUCAUUCUAAUGUCGCUUCUGGUUCUGCAACAACAAUUGUUAAGACCAGAAGUGGUUACGCCGCUUAUACCACAACCUCUGGAGGUGUUGUGGUUGUAAGCUCCAAACCUUAUACCACAGUUAUCACGGAGAUUGAGUCUCCAGCGAUUUCUGGUGGUAUUGCAACCGGUUCUGGUGCUCCUGGAACCACUCUUAGUUCUUCUGUGGUGCUGGGCUCUGGCUCCGGCACUGCUACUGCAUAUAUCCCACAAGUCUCUCCAGGGACUUCGGGACCAAUCGAGCAGGUUAAUUCGGGUAUUAGCUUGUCUACAGGUAUUGCAUUGCCCCUGCUCUCUUUGUUUAUUUUGUUUUUGGUUUAA